AUGAAGUUGAUAGACCACACGAAAGGCGUAACUGGAAUUGGCUUUGACGCUGAAACAGACAUGUUUCAGGCUUCCGAUGAAUGGUGGGAUCGUAUGGAACUGAUAAACAAGAGUUGUGAAAAGUUCAGGACUAAGACUUUGAAGCAUCGGGAGUUGAUGGAGAUUGUCUUCACAGGCGCUGCUGCAACAGGCAGACAUCAUUGGACACCGGGGGAAAGGACUAUCGAAGAUACCGAGGGAUCUUCUGAUUCGGUUCAAAGCCUUGGUAUGCGGUCUUUCGCAGAUCCAAUCCCUUCUGUUGGUAUUGACAUGGAUGCUGAGUCAUCAAUGGGAAGUGUUGAACCUGCGGUUGACCCCGACGCAAAAAGGAAAAGGAUGACUCCCGCAGGUUCAGGAAAGUCGAGGAAGCCGACUAGUGGAGCAUCUGCCAUAGCUGACAGCGUUAACAAUCUGAGCAAUGUUGUCCGUACUAAAAACCAAGAAGUUACUGUGAGGCACUUAACUGGGAAUGAGUUCUUGUACACAAUUUCAGAGUGCAUGGAAAGGUUGAAAUCCAUUCCUGCCUUGGUCGGUACACCGUUGUUCCACUUUGCAUCAUCUCUUAUGGACAACACUGAGUAUCGAGAGGUUAUGAUGUGCCAGCCUGAUGAUGACCAUAUUAUCGGGUGGCUUACGCAGAAUCAACUACAAAGGAGCACUGUAGCUCCAUUUGCGAACCUUUUUGGUGCACGGCGGGAUUGCAUCGGCGCAAUCGAUGGCACGCAUGUUGUUGCAAAAGUGAUGGGGCCUGAGGCAGCGACCUAUUUUGGACGCAAAUACUGUCACACACAAAACAUCAUGGCGGUUGUUGAUUUCAACAUGUGUUUUACGUUUGUAUCACUUGGAUGGGAAGGCAGUAUGCAUGACAGUAGAGUUUUUGCUGAAAUAAUAAACAAUGAAAAUGUGCCGUUUCCACAUCCGAAGGAAGGGAAAUAUUAUAUUGUUGAUUUGGGCUAUCCUAAUCGAACGGGUUACCUCGCUCCAUACAAGGGCCGCCGUUACCACCAAGAAGAUUUUCGGCAAGGUGCACGGAGCGUAGCGAACCCACGAGAAUUAUUUAACAAGGCACACUCGUCGGUGCGCAGUGUCGUGGAACGAACCUUUGGGUCGUGGAAAAGUCGAUGGGGUUUUCUAAAAAAUAUGCUUCGUUAUGAUUUUGCGACUGCGCAGGUGCAGUUAGUUGGUGCGUCGAUGGCAUUGCAUAACUUCAUACGGAGAAAUACGGGAAAUCCAACCAAUGUUCAACCCAUAGUAACAGAGGCUGACACGACAAACAUAAUCAAUGGCAUUCCGGUGCUUGCUCCUCCUGGAGGGGAUGGAGUAAUCAUUGAGGAUGAUGAUCCAGAUAUGGAACUUGUCCGAAAUGUCAUACGACAUCGUUCGGUACACAUGCGCAAUCACGGCAUGUUGGGAAAUAUAUAG